CUGCCGUGCCGAUGACGUCAUUUCCUGUGUGUUAUUUUUUAAAGUUUCACUUUCUGUUCAGAACACCGGCGGUUCGGAGCGAAAAGCGGCGUCAUGGCCUUCAAAUACCCCGCAGCCCGCAGAGACCUCAGCCGGGUGGAUGAAUACCACGGAACCAAGAUCUGUGAUCCUUACGCCUGGCUGGAGGACCCUGACAGCCCAGAAACCAUGGCGUUUGUAGAGGAGCAGAACAAGGUGACCAUGCCGUACCUGGAGGGCUGCGCCGUGAGGGCCAGGUUCCAGCAGCGCCUGACCGAGCUCUACGAUUACCCCAAAUACAGCUGCCCCUACAAACGAGGAUCCAGGUACUUCUACUUCCACAACAAAGGCCUCCAGAACCAGGACGUGCUGUAUGUGCAGGACUCCCUUGAUGCUCCAGCCUCUGUGUUCUUCGACCCAAACAAGCUGUCUGAAGACGGAACCGUGGCUCUUAAGAUGGGACGGCUGUCUGAGGAGUGUGAAUACUUCGCUUACGGUCUGAGCAGCAGCGGCUCAGACUGGGUCACCCUGCGCUUCCUGAAACCUGAGGGGCUCACCGAGCUGCCGGACGUCCUGGAACGGGUCAAGUUCAGCUGCCUGGCCUGGACCCACGACGCUAAGGGCAUCUUCUACAACUGCUACCCCCCCCAGGAAGGAAAGAGCGACGGCACAGAGACCACGUCCAACAUUAACCAGAAGCUCUUCUAUCACGUCAUCGGAACCAAGCAGUCCGAGGACAUCCUGGUCGCAGAGUUCCCGGAUCAUCCCAAAUGGCACAGCUCCGUCACUAUCUCUGAUGACGGACGCUACGCGGUUCUGUCCAUCACUGAGGGCUGUGAGCCGGUCAACCAGCUGUGGUACUGUGACCUGCAGGAACUACCAGACGGCAUCAAAGGGCUGCUGCCGUGGGUCCGGCUGGUCGACAGCUUUGAGGCUCAGUACUCCUAUGUGACCAAUGAGGGGAGCCUGUUCACCUUUCGCUCCAACCUGGACGCCCCGCGGUACCGCCUCAUCAACAUCGACAUCCAGAACCCGGACAGACAGAACUGGAGCACGUUGAUCCCGCAGCACGACAAGGAUGUUCUUGGGUUCGUCUCCUGUGUGAACCAGCACCAUCUGCUGGUCAACUACGUCCAUGACGUGAAGGACAUCCUGCAGCUGUUUGAUCUGAGCAGCGGUCAGCUCAUCAGGGACCUGCCCCUGGACGUGGGGACCAUUGCUGGAGUCAGCUGCAAGAAGAAGCACUCCGAGUUCUUCUACAAGUUCACCUCCUUCACCACUCCAGGAAUCAUCUACCACUGCGACCUGAGCACCUCCAACCCGGAGCCCCGGGUCUUCAGGGAGGUGGAGGUCAAAGGCAUCGACCAGGAGGACUUCCGGACCAGCCAGGUUUUCUAUCCCAGUAAAGACGGAACCAGGGUUCCCAUGUUCCUGGUUCACUCCAAGGACCUGAAGCGGGACGGAACCAACCCGGUCUUCCUGUACGGAUACGGAGGCUUUGAGGCGUCCAUCCAGCCUUACUACAAUGUGGCCUACCUGCUGUUUGUGCGACACCUGGGGGGGGUCCUGGCCGUGGCCAACAUCCGAGGAGGGGGAGAGUACGGCCUCACCUGGCAUAAAGCCGGAACGUUAGGGAAGAAGCAGAACUGCUUCGAUGACUUCCAGAGCGCCGCCGAGUUCCUGAUCCAGGAGCAGUACACCGCCGCCAGCCGCAUCGCCAUCAACGGCGGUUCUAACGGAGGCCUGUUGGUCGCGGCCUGCAUGAUCCAGCGCCCGGAGCUGUUAGGCUGCGUGGUUGCCGAGGUGGGAGUCAUGGACAUGUUGAAGUUCCACAAGUUCACCAUCGGCCACGCCUGGACCACCGACUACGGCUGCUCUGACGACCCCCAACAGUUCCAGUGGCUGAUCAAGUACUCUCCUCUCCACAACCUGCCUGAGCCGCCGUACGCCGGCCCACCGUACCCGGCGGUGCUGCUGCUGACGGCUGACCACGAUGACCGCGUGGUGCCCCUCCACACGCUGAAGUUCUGCGCUGCCCUGCAGCACGGUGUGGGCAGCAGCCCUCAGCAGCAGCAGCCACUCAUGGUCCGUGUGGACACGCGCAGCGGACACGGAGCGGGAAAGCCCACGGCGAAGGCCAUCCUGGAGGACACGCACAUCUUCUCCUUCAUCGCCGAGACGCUGGGACUCGGCUGGAAGGACUGAACGGGAUGAUCCUGUUUGGAGUUCUGUUGGAAGCUUUCAAUAAAACUUGAUUCUGAUCCGCA